AUGGCAGCAGAAGCUAAUGAAGAGCGGUUUCAGUUUCCGAGUUCGUUGCCUUCAGGCUCAGAAUUACCUGGCAGAGUUCACCUCGUAGUGCCAAAAGUUGACGUGGAACAUAAUAACGCAUCUGCUCAUGAAGGAAUUGCAAUAUCAGAUGGUUUAGAUAUGGUUGAACAAAACACUGACUCUGCCGUUUUGCAGACAGAAGGCCAAGAUUCAUUCAAGACAUUUCAGCCUCAUUUUCUGUUAAACAGGUUAGAUGAUAUAAAAGAAAUAUCAGGUGGUGCCCUUAGAGACAUUAUUAAUACAUGUUCAUCUGAAGACACAAAGAAACGUCAUUCACUUAGUGCAGAUGAAGACAACUUGAACUACAUGGAAGUGGUGUGUGAAUUUUAUAAAGCUGUGGUUGAUGGAUCACUAGAUGUAGUUGAAGAAAUAGUACUUACAUAUAAUAUUGACAUUAACAUCGUUUUUAAUGGAACCAUGCCAUUUGUUACACGUAAACAUUGUGGUUGGAAUGCCUUACAUGUGGCUGCUGCUUACGGCAAUGUAAAAACCAUGCAGUUUCUUCUAGCUCAGGGCUGUGAUAUAGAAGCUGUUACCCGUGAGGGUGAGACAGCUUUACAUAUUGCAGCAAAACAUGGGACUUCUGAUGUUGUUUCUCUAUUACUUGAACGCAAUGUCUUUUUGCGUGAUCGACAAAACAGCCAAGGUGUUACAGCCCUUCUAAAGGCCAUCUUUAAUUCUCAGUACACAUUCAAAGAGAAUUACAGACGCUGUGUUGAUCUGCUACUGGGUGCCGGAUGUAAUCCAAAUAUCUCUUCAUCUUCAAAGGUUACAGCUCUGCACUUAGCUGUGGAUAAGGGAGAUUUCAAGAUAGUGGAAAAACUGUUAUGUUCACAUGCUAACGUCAACGCUGUCUGCGAUCAUAACACCACACCUCUCACACGUGCCGUAGUGGCGAAGUUUAUCAGCAUGAACAUAAUCACAGCACUUCUCUUAGCAGGAGCUGAUACUUGUUGGAAAAUGAACGGGCGCUCUACCCUUCACAUUGCUGUGUCUCGCUGCGAUGAAAAUGUCAUUGAAACGUUUUUGAAAAGCGGCGCCGAUCCUAACUGCGAGGACGUGUCCGGCAAAACUCCUCUGUGGAUAGCUGUAGAAGAAAAUAAUAUCAAAGUGGUGCCAAUAUUAGUUCAAGGAGGAGGUAAUGUCAACUACGUUCGCCUGCCGCAGUGUGUCUCUUUGCUGUGCCAGGCUAUCAGAAACAACUCCUUUGAUAUGGUGAAACUCUUGCUAGACCUGGGUGCCUCUACUUAUACUGAGACCUUUAUGUGGUCAACACCUUUGCAUUUUGCUGUGGAUCAACAGAAUAUUAGCAUAAUAAAGGAGCUGCUUCGAGUGAACUGUUCGUUAAAUACCACAAGUAAUGCUAAAUAUUCAUUGCGACCUAUGACACCUAUGCAAAUUGCUAUGGACCUGGGUAAUGUUGAGAUUAUCUGCUUGCUGCUUCAGGCAGGCUGUAAGGUGAAGACGUCAUGGUUACGAGAGGACAGGCUGUCACAUGCUCUGGCUAGUAAACCGGAUGCUGUGCGUCAUCUUCAGAAAUAUGUGUCAGAAGUGCCAUCGUUACUUCACCUUAGUUGCCUGAGCAUACGGGAAUAUCUUAGAGAUCAUUUUAGAACAGCUGUUGAGGUUUUGAAACAAACUGGUGUCAUUCCACAUAAAAUUGCUGACUACAUUUCACUUGCUCAUGUACUAGACUGA